AUGGCUACACUCAUUCAUUGUUUGAUUGUUUUUAUACAUUUUUUCUUUUCUUUGAAACAAACAUUUUGCAUGGAGGUCGAUUUCUUCACACCCGAGCGCGUGGAUCUCCAAGGUGAUGAAAAGCAUCUGCAGAUGAGUGUUUUUCGAUUUACUGCGUUCAAACAGGAAUUUUACCUCAGACUCACACCGGAUUCUAGUUUUCUUGCUCCGGGCCCCGUGGCCCCUGAGAGUGGCCCUUUGGCACCCAACGCGUCUGAGGCGGCAGACCUCAGGGCAUGUUUCUACUCCGGGGAUGUCAACACAGACCCGGACUCAUUUGCCGCUGUCAGCCUGUGCAAAGGUCUCCAUGGAGGCUUCUCCUAUAAGGGAAUGGAAUAUUUCAUCAGUCCAAACAGGGCUGAAGACGCAGCAGUCGCGUCUGGAUACAGAAACUAUUUGGACAGGACGCAUGUCAUCCGUCGCCGGGGACGCGCUGAUGCGCACUCGGGCCGCAACUUCACCAGCAGGUGUGGAGUUACACCUGAUCCCAUCUUCACCGUCUCCCUGGAGAAAUACAAGCAUGUGGGCGAACUGGAUAAUGAUGACUUCACUGAAACUUUGUUGAAAACCUUAGGCAGGUCAAAAAGGUUCGCCUCCAUCCCCAGGUUUGUGGAGGUGCUGGUGGUGGCAGAUGAAUCGAUGGCUACAUUUCACGGGGAUGACCUGAAGCAUUAUCUCCUGACCCUGAUGUCAGUAGCAGCCAGGCUCUACAAACACCCCAGCAUCUUCAACUCCAUCAAUAUAGUGGUUGUGGGCUUCAUGGUGAUAAAUGAGGCCAACAAGGGACCGAAGGUUUCCAGUAACGCAGCCCUGACUCUGCGCAACUUCUGCUCCUGGCAGAAGAAAUUGAAUAAACACAAUGACAAGCACCCUGACUACUGGGACACUGCCAUACUGUUCACCAAACAGGAUCUAUGUGGAGCCACAACCUGCGACACCCUGGGGAUGGCUGACGUCGGGACCAUGUGUGACCCGAAGAGGAGCUGCUCUGUCAUCGAGGAUGACGGCCUGCCCUCGGCUUUCACCGCUGCCCACGAACUAGGCCACGUCUUCAACAUGCCCCACGACAAUGUGAAGGCAUGUGAGGAGGUAUUCGGGAAACUAAAGGACAAUCACAUGAUGUCUCCCACGCUGAUUCAGAUUGACAGGAGCCGACCCUGGUCUGUUUGCAGCGCAGCCAUCAUUACCGAGUUCCUGGACAGAGGUCAUGGCGACUGUCUGCUGGACCAGCCUCAGAGGCAGCUGUCUCUCCCGGACAACCUGCCUGGCUCCAGCUACAGCCUGCACCGCCAGUGUGAGCUCGCCUUUGGUGCCGCCUCCAAACCCUGCCCAUACAUGCAGCCCUGCUCCAAACUGUGGUGCACUGGGAAGGCCAGAGGACAGCUGGUCUGUCAAACCCGACACUUUCCCUGGGCGGAUGGGACCAGCUGUGGCACCGGCAAGGUCUGCUACAGGGGAGCCUGCGCUGAUAAGAAUGCUACCAUGCAAAUCAAGGUGGAUGGCCGCUGGGGCAAAUGGGGUGCAUUUGGCGAUUGUUCCCGCAGUUGUGGUGGAGGAGUUCAGCUCGCCAAGAGGGAGUGUAACAACCCCCUCCCUGAGAAUGGAGGCAAAUACUGCUACGGCCUUCGCAUCAAAUAUCGCUCCUGUAACCUCAACUCUUGCCCUGACACAGGUAAGAGUUUCAGGGAGGAGCAAUGUGAGGCGUUCAACGGCUUAAACCUGAACACCAACAGACUGGGUUCUUCUGUGGUGUGGGUUCCCAAAUAUUCCGGCAUCUCUCCCAAGGACAAAUGCAAGCUCAUCUGCCGUGCUAACGGGACUGGGUACUUCUAUGUCCUUUCUCCUAAGGUGGUGGAUGGGACGCCCUGCUCUCCCGACACCUCAGCCGUAUGUGUUCAGGGAAAAUGCAUCAAGGCCGGCUGCGAUGGCAAGCUGGACUCCAACAAGAAGUCUGACAAGUGUGGCGUGUGUGGCGGUGACAACAAGGCCUGUAAGAAAGUCUCAGGACUGUUCACCAAACCUGUUCAUGGCUACAACUUUGUGGUGGUGCUGCCAGUAGGAGCCUCCAACAUUGACAUCCGUCAGCGCGGCUAUCGAGGAAUGGUCAGCGAUGAAAACUACCUAGCAGUAAAGAAUCAGCAUGGCAUUUACCUCCUGAACGGCAACUACGUGGUGUCAGCGGUGGAGCGCGACCUGCUGGUGAAGGGCAGCCUGCUGCGCUACAGCGGCACCUCCACAUCUAUAGAGAUUCUACGGGCCACCAGACCCUUGCAGGAGCCCCUGACUGUGGAGGUUCUCUCUGUGGGGAAGAUGACUCCACCCAGGGUGCGCUACUCUUUCCACGUCUCCAAGGAAAGCAAGGAGGAAAAAACCCUGAAGAAAGAGGAGCGAAGCCACAAAACACAUAACAGCGUCCUGAUGGACAACAACAAAGUAGAAGUUAAGAAGCAAGCGAUGGGUAAGAGGCCAGUCAGUCACUGGGUGACAGGAAAUUGGGAUAUAUGCACAGUGACCUGUGGCAACGGUUUUCAGAAGAGGCUGGUGCAGUGCCAGAGUGUGGAGGGGCGUCCUGCAGUGGACUGUGACAGCACUGACAGGCCUGUAGAUGUGAGACCAUGUGGGGAUCCAUGCCCCAUGUGGGAUGUAGGUACCUGGUCUCACUGCUCCAAGUCCUGUGGCAGGGGCUUUAAAAGGCGGCCGGUGCACUGCAUAAACGAGAAUGGUAUGAAUCUACCCAGGGACCACUGCUCUGGACGGAGGAAGCCUCAGGAACUGGAUCUCUGCAAUCUAAAGCCAUGUUAG